CCUACUCCUCUUCCCCCAUGACACCUACCUUCCUCUGUCUAUAUCUAUAUUGUAGAUGGUGGGAAUGCCCUUGUGGUAAUAUUCUUACAGCAACACAGCAUGGAGAUUUCUUCAAGUCAUAUUGUUUUCUUACUGUUGGGAGUGCUUCUAUCUCCUUUCUUGGUAGAAUGUCAUCUCAAAACUCUGAAAUACAGAUCUGACACCUCUCAAUUUCCCCCGAACUUCCUUCUAGGGACUUCAUCUUCUUCAUAUCAGUAUGAAGGUGCUUACACGGCAGAUGGUAAAGGUCUAAGCAAUUGGGAUGUGUUUACACAUGAACAAGGUACUAUAGCUGAUGGAACCAAUGGAGAUAUUGCUGCUGAUCAAUACCAUCGUUAUCUGGAAGACAUAGAUCUUAUGGCUUCUAUGGGAGUCAACAGCUAUAGGUUUUCAAUUUCCUGGGCAAGAAUUCUACCGAAAGGGAAAUAUGGCGCUGUGAAUUUGGCAGGCAUCGACUACUACAACAAACUCAUUGAUGCUCUCCUCCUCAAAGAAAUCCAGCCAUUCCCAACACUGGUGCACUACGAUAUCCCUCAAGAUCUAGAGGAAAGAUAUGGAGGCUGGCUAAGUCCCAAAUCACAGGAAGAUCUUGAAUACUUUGCAGACGUUUGUUUCCAAAAUUUUGGGGACAGAGUAAAAUACUGGGUCACUUUCAAUGAGCCAAAUGUGUUUGCCAUUCAGGCUUAUCGUUUUGGCCGUUACCCACCAAGUCAUUGUUCCAAAGGAUUUGGGAACUGCACUACAGGAAAUUCAGAAACGGAGCCCUUCAUUGCAGCCCACAACAUGAUCUUGGCUCAUGCAGCUGUCGUUAAUUUAUACAGAACUAAAUACAAGAAGCAACAAGGAGGUCUAAUAGGAUUAACCGUACAGGACCUAUGGUUUGAACCCAAAAGCAACUCCACAGCUGACAAGCUAGCAACAGAAAGAGCCCAUGCUUUCCUUUCAAAUUGGUUCCUGGACCCAGUCAUACUUGGAAAAUAUCCAACCGAAAUGAAGGACAUUCUUGGAUCCACUUUACCAGAAUUUUCGAAAAAUGACUUGGUGAAACUACAGUCGUCAUUGGAUUUCAUUGGCUUAAAUUAUUAUGCAGCCUUCUACGUCGAAGACUGCAUGUUUUCAACAUGUCCAGCCAUACCAGGGGCCUCAAGAACUGAAGGUUUCAUUAAACAAACGACACAGAAGGAUGGCAUUCCCCUCGGGGAACCUACAGGGAUGCCGUAUUUCCAUGCUUACCCGGAAGGAUUGGAAAAAAUGGUCACAUAUUUAAAAGAAAGAUUCAAUAAUACACCAAUUAUUAUUACGGAAAAUGGAUAUUGCGAUGACAGCAAUUCGACUUCCACCAUUGAAGAAUCUGUAAAUGACAUCAAGCGAGUAAAGUUUCAGGCCAGCUACUUAGAUGCCCUGUCAACGGCCAUAAGGAAGGGAGCAGAUGUGAGGGGAUACUUUCUCUGGUCCCUCCUUGACAACUUUGAGUGGACAUUUGGAUACACAAAACGUUAUGGGCUUUACUAUGUUGAUCAGGUCACUCUAGAGAGAACCCCAAAGUUAUCAGCAAUUUGGUUCAGAAACUUCAUUGCAGAAAAUAUAAGAGCUGAACCUAGAGCCAACAGCUAAUUUCCCAAGUUUCCAACCUAGAGAUCCUGCAGAAUUUGCUAUUUUUUGGAUUGUACGAAUGCAGAAGGAAAUAUAUGUCUGACAUGUACAAGUCCUAUUGUUCGAAGUUGAAUAUUCUAUUAAGAUAUUACCAAAAAUCGUAUCUGUUGAUUUUCGAGCUUGACAACUAAGAAUGAUCACGAAUGAGAUCUUCCAGUACCUGAAAUAAAGGAGUCGAGAUAUGCCCUUGUCGCACCUCCGAUGCUUGAGUUAGAGGGAGAAUUUAUACGUGAUGCUAUAGACUAAAAGUUAUGUAAAAACUUACCAGAAUAAUGAAUAGAGGCUACAUAUUUAUAGAGGGUAUUUGACUUGUAUUAUAAUUGUAAUACCAAUCAUAAUUUAAUAGUAAUAUAAUUGAGAUAGAGCUCUCCUAAGCGUAGGAGUCUUGCGGUGAAA